GCUGCCAGCAGGAGGGGUGUAGGGAGGGGUGAUAGAUAAAUAAAUAACCCAAUAAAGGAUGCACUGAGAGGAUGUGUGUGUAGCCAAGAAAAGAGGGUGCCUGCUUAAACAGCCCCAAGUCUAGUUGAACACUGGCUGCACUGCAGAACAGGGGGGAAAGCACAGAGAAGGGACCUUGAAAGAUUUCGGGCUGCACUGCAGAACGAUGCCACUGCAGUACAGCACUGACACAGAGACACAGAGGACACCCGACCUCCUCACAUCAGGUGAGAACUUAAUUCAGAGCUGAUAUUAGAGGCCUUCAUGCCUCAGGAGGAGAGGGAGGCAGAGACACAAAAAGAAGGGGAGGGAAGCAGAGGAGGAGGAGGGUAAUGGUGCGUAUUUUUGGAUAAGGGAUCUCCUGAAUUAAGUGUGGCUGGAAUAAAGAUGUAGUGUGAGCAGGAGGCUGAACAAGGACAGUGCUGUGCUCCACUGUGGUGGAGAGGAGUGGAGCAGACGCCUGGCAGACACACACUCGCACACACUGGCUCAGAGCGACUGAGAGAGAAAGAGAGAGAGCCCACCCUCACAUCUGCGGGGCUGGGAAGAGAAAGAGCUACUUGCUGAUGAGGAGAAAAGAGGAAAUUGUCAGAUGCCCUCUCCCUUUGGCACUGCGGUGCGGAUCUUCAUCACCACUCUAUUUGCAGCAGUGGUGCUUUUUGCCAUCCUACUGGCUUAUGUGACAGGUUACCAGUUCAUCCACACCGAGCAGCACCACCUGUCUUUUGGCUUGUACGGUGCCUUUCUAUCCCUUCACCUCCUCCUGCAGAGCCUCUUCGCUUUCCUAGAGCACCGGCAAAUGCGUGGCCCUUCCAGACCCCAGCACCUGCGGCGCACUGUUGCCCUCUGCAUCGCAGCCUAUCAGGAGGAUCCGGACUACCUUCGCAAGUGUCUUCGGAGCAUUCGCCGCAUUUCUUUUCCUGGGCUUAAAGUCGUGCUGGUGGUGGAUGGGAAUCGGCAGGAGGAUGCUUACAUGAUGGACAUCUUCCAGGAGGUUAUGGGGGGAGUGGAGCAGACAGGCUGUGUGGUGUGGAAGGGGAAUUACCAUAGCGAUGGGGAUGGGGGAGGAGGUAAAGGCUCGUUGCAUGCUGAGGAGGCUGCAAGGGUGGCCAGGGUGGUGCGGAGCUGCCGUUACUCGUGCAUCAUUCAAGAGUGGGGCGGCAAGCGAGAGGUCAUGUAUACAGCCUUCAAAGCACUGGGAGAUACUGUGGAUUACAUACAGGUAUGUGAUUCCGACACUGUACUUGAUCCAGCAUGCACCAUUGAGAUGCUGAAGGUUCUAGAGGAGGAUCCGGAAGUGGGUGGGGUUGGAGGAGAUGUUCAGAUUCUGAACAAGUACGACUCCUGGAUCUCCUUCCUGAGCAGUGUCCGGUACUGGAUGGCCUUCAAUGUGGAGCGGGCAUGCCAGUCUUACUUCGGAUGUGUGCAGUGUAUCAGUGGACCUCUGGGAAUGUACCGCAACUCUCUUCUUCAGCAGUUCCUGGAGCCCUGGUACCAUCAGACCUUCCUAGGAAGCAAGUGCAGCUUCGGGGAUGAUCGCCACCUCACCAACCGCGUCCUCAGCUUUGGCUACAAAACCAAGUUCACGGCACGCUCACAAUGCCAAACCGAGACCCCCACGCAAUAUCUGCGCUGGCUCAACCAGCAGACCCGCUGGAGCAAGUCUUACUUUCGAGAGUGGCUCUACAAUGCACUUUGGUUCCACAAGCACAGCCUCUGGAUGACCUAUGAAUCAGUGGUCACCGGGUUCUUCCCUUUCUUUCUGGUGGCUACAGUCAUUCACCUGUUCUACCGAGGUCGGUUAUGGAACAUCUUGCUUUUCUUGCUAACAGUCCAACUGGUGGGCAUGGUGAAAGCCACCUAUGCCUGCUUUCUGCGGGGCAGGCUUGUCAUGAUCUUUAUGUCACUGUAUUCACUACUCUACAUGUCAAGCCUGCUGCCUUCUAAGAUCUUUGCCCUGUUGACUAUUAACAAAGCAGGUUGGGGAACAUCAGGCAGGAAAAUAAUAGUGGUAAACCUUAUUGGGGCUGUGCCUGUGACCGUCUGGGCAGCCAUACUGCUCGGUGGCGUGGUUUACACCAUUUACUGUGAGGUGCAAGAGCCAUUUAGUGAGACAGAAAAGGCUCUUCUCAUUGCAGGCACCAUCCUCUAUGCCUGUUACUGGCUCAUACUCCUGGUGCUUUACCUGGCCAUAGUGGCUAAGCGCUGUAACAAAAGAGAGGAACAAUAUCACCUAUCCUAUGCCGAAGCCUAGCAUGGUCUCUCCAAAAGAUCUCUACAUGCUGUCAGGG